UCAGGAGGAAUAUGGUCGUGCUGAGGGCCUGGUCCUGGUGGAAACUCACUGCGUCGCUGGCUGCGAUCCUCCAGGCGGCUUUCCUGAACAUCGUGUCACUGCAGAAUAAAGACAUUCAUCUGUCACCUGAAAACAAUUAAAGAAACCAAGGAUGGUUGCUAAGGGCUUUUCGACCUGCAGAGAGCGCCGUUGCUAAGGAAUAGAACGCGUCACGCUGAUUGGUCCCUUUCGUUGUGCCUCAGUCACAGCAGUUAAAUAAAUGCGGGGAUGUCCCUCCAUCUGCCUCUACAAAAGCCAAGCCUGUGAUGUCAUCCACAGCCUCAGUCGGGUUUUCAUCAGGACAGCUCAGUGUCGCCUCCGACUCUGCUGUGAAACACACACACUGAAGGACUGCUCGAGAAGAAACUGCGAAAACACUGUUGUGUUGUGUUUCAUUUCCUCCGAGUGUAACAGACUGAAGGAUUACUCUUCACCAAGUGAGAAACACUGAGCUGUAUUGCCUUUCUCUUCCUGCGAAGAAUGCUGGUGGGAGUGCAGAUGGAUGUAAGCUGCUUCAUGUUUCUCCUGCUCCUGUGUGCCCUUAAUAAGCUGCUUGUGGCUGCAAGCCCUGAGGAUGAUUACCAGGAGCAUCUGAAUCAUCGGGGCGAGCACCACGCGACACGGAACCAAAUCGCCAUGGCCCAGUACGAAUGUUUCCAGCGGAUUGUGAAAGAAUCCCACCGCAAAACAAAAACAGCAGCAGGGCUCGAGUGCAACACAACGUGGGACGGCUGGCUGUGCUGGGAUGAAACGGAAGCCGGCGUGACAGCAGAGCAGAGCUGUCCGGACUAUUAUAAUGAUUUUGACCCUCAUGCCGUGGCCUCCAAAGUCUGCUCAGACACGGGCGAGUGGGGACGUCACCCGGAGAGCAACAGGACAUGGACGAACUUCACAAACUGCAAAGCCAACACCACACAUCACGGCACAGCUGCAAUGACUCACUUCUACUUGGUUAUGAUCGGCCAUGGCCUGUCGCUGGUGUCAUUGCUCAUAUCAUUAGGAAUAUUCUUUCAUUUCAAGAGUCUGAGCUGCCAGAGGAUAACGCUCCACAAAAACCUCUUCCUCUCAUUCGUACUGAACUCAGUCAUCACCGUCGUCUGGCUUACGACGGUGGUGAAGAAGCAGGGCCACACGUACAACGACUCUGGCAGCUGUAAGCUGCUCAUGUUCGUCCACCUGUAUCUGCUGAGCUGUAACUACUUCUGGAUGCUUUGUGAGGGCAUCUACCUGCACACUCUGAUUGUUGUGGCAGUGUUUGCAGAAAAGCAACAUCUCAUGUGGUAUUAUCUCCUGGGUUGGGGUUUUCCACUCGUGCCAGCAGUCAUUCAUUCAAUCGCACGCCACUGCUACUACAAUGACAAAUGUUGGGUCAGCUCAGACACUUCCUUGCUGUACAUUAUCCACGGCCCAGUCUGCGCCGCAUUAGUGGUUAAUCUUUUCUUCCUGCUGAACAUCGUUCGUGUUCUCAUCACCAAGCUACGGGUGACACAUCAGGCCGAGUCCAGCCUCUACAUGAGGGCUGUGAGAGCCACCCUCAUCCUCAUUCCUCUGCUCGGCAUUCAGUUUGUCCUGGUCCCCUACAAGCCCCAUGACCACUGGGUCUUAGAGAUCUACCUGUACGUCAUGGAAAUCCUCAUGCACUACCAGGGUCUCUUGGUUUCUACAAUAUUCUGCUUCUUCAACGGGGAGGUUCAGAGCGUUCUGCGGAGACACUGGAAUCAGCAGCGGAUGCAGUUCGCCGGCACAUUUGCCAACGCCGAUUUCUUCCGCUCGGCCUCCUACGUGGCGUCGUCUCUCACAGAGGUCCACCGCUGCUACAGCAUCGAAAGCCACACCGAGCACAUGAAUGGCAAGAGCUACUCAGACAUAUUCAGAUCGGACAGCCCAUUCGUGUGAAGGUGGACCUCGAAGUUCAGCACUUGUGGUUCUGCGCUCAGUCAUUACGUUGAUCUCUCCCAAGAUGGACCAAGGUCGAGGUCAGUGCUUUCUUGGAGUUACGCUACUGUUCACGGCAACUGAGCGCAAACUUUUCUUACAUUUGACGUUUUAUUUUCCAUCUCCCAGCCAGAAAACCUCCUUUUUUGACUUUUUCCCGCGAAUUAUACCAAAA